ACCAAAAUGCAUGAAUAUCUCCAUAAUAAUCCAGCAGUUGUUUAGAUCUGCUGUUGUUUGCAGGUAUCACCUCAAAGCAGAUGGAAAAUGAGGUGUCUAUUAUGAGAAAGCUGGCGUAUCAUAAAAAUGUGAUGCAGCUGCUGGACUGGAAUACAGCGGAAGAGCCGUAUAUGCUGAUCAUGGAGUUCAUGAGCUACGGAACCCUGCGCAGUUUUGUUCAGAAAAACAAAGAUGAGCUAAUUGCCGACCCUGAACUGCAGAGCCAGUUCACCAUCGCGUCCUACCACAUCGCCCUGGCCAUGGAGCACUUACGCUCCAAAAUGGUGGUGCACAGUGACCUUGCCUUAAGGAACAUUCUGGUGAGUCAAUUCCCAUGGGAGGUGAAGGUAGCAGAGUUUGGCCUGGCCAGAGACUUGACCCGUAUGAGGAGCAGACGCAGCAGCAGAAAAAAACAACACAAGGAGCGUGUGCCGCUGCGCUGGUAUCCUCCAGAGUACUUCAGGAACAACUACUACAGCUUUAAGGGAGAGGCCACGGUUUACUAA